CAAAUAAACAUAAUAUAUAUAAUUAUAUGCACAUAUAUAAUAUGCAUAAUUAUAUAAUAAAAUAUCAAUAUAUUUUUAUUAAAUAUAAGACAUGAUAUAAUACUUCGAUGUACAUGCUUUCACACGCAACUAUAAAUUAUUUACAGCAACGCUAAUCAUUAUGCGCAUGCGUAUUCGAUUAAUUUUCAAAUGUAUAUUUUUUCUCAAAAAUAAUACCCCUAAUGUAAUUUUGAUAUUCCUUAAUUUCGUUUUAUUUUGAAUCAUAAAAUUUGGACAGCAAAAAGAAAAAAAGAGCAUAAUAUACCUAUAUUUUAUAUAUUUCUCAAGUUUCAUGAUUUCCUGGAUUGAGGAUUUUUCUUCGCCAAUCAGGAUCGAAUUUUAUCUUAAUUUAAAUUUGUAUAGAAAAAUUUCGAAAACUGUAUAAAUCCCACUGUAAUCAAGCGAUGUAGUUACUUAACAAUUUAACUUAAAAGUAUUUUUACUUUUAACUAUGCAAUAAGAGAAAAAAUCAUAGAGAUCGGUUUAAUAUUCACGAUUUCCUUGAUGAAAGAGUUGGAAAUUAUCGGCACUCGUUUGGGCAAUAACUCUAAACUCCUGGCUAACUUCAGCUUUGUUGGCUGUUUCCUGAACAUAUACAAGGUGGAACGCUAGUAGUAUCAGUAAAUUGAAAAUGGCCGCAUCGAAAAAUCAGCGUUGGAUGGAUUCGGGGAUUCUGCGUAAAAAGAAUGGAGAAGAGGAGCCACAGGAGCUGUUGGUGUUUGGAUAUAGCUGCAAAUUAUUUCGAGAUGAUGACAAGGCGAAAAUGAUUGAUCAAGGAAAACAUUUGAUACCAUGGAUGGGCGAUAACACAUUGAAAAUAGACAGGUACGAUGGACGUGGUGCUCUGGGGGACUUACGGAUAUACGAACCACCAACAGGUGGGUUCGAUCAACGAACGAUCCUGACUGAAGACGAACUAAAAGUGGAGCAAUUAUGUGAUGAAGAACGGUAUCGGUCUCUGUACAACAAUGAAACAGAGGAUGCUAUGCAUCAUGAGGAGGAAAUGAAAAGGCUACAUCAGGCUUUGGAUUCAGAGAAUACAUACAGUCAAGUAGCGUACGACUAUAAUGAGGAGGGAAACGGAUCGAAAAUCACGUGUGAAGAUUCACAAAGUCCAAAACGGUCUGAGGGUUCCCAGGAAGAGGAUCAGGCCUUCAUUCCACCACCUGAUCUGGAAAUCCCACAGGGUAUUGCAUUGCCGGAAACGCAAAAAUUGAAUGCCAUCAUAACGAAAACGGCGCUAUUUAUAAGUCGUCAAGGCGGCCAAAUGGAGAUUCUGAUUAAAGCGAAGCAGGCGAAUAAUCCACAAUUUUCCUUCUUAUCGAUAGACGGACGGCUACAUCAAUAUUAUAGAUAUAUACUGGAUGCAAUCAAGACUGGGAAGUAUAAUCCUGAAAAGCAGCCGGAGAAAGAAGAAUCCGGCUCCCAGCAUUCCCAGUAUACAGUACAAACCAUCAGCGGAUUGUGCUUAUUCGAUGCUUGUAAAUAAAAUAACCGGGAAACCGCCGCCUUCGAAAGCGCCGCUGCAACAUCCUGAAACCACAAUUCCAUCAGCCACUAAUACAGGGUAUUAUCAUCCUGCGCAAGGACAGAAUUAUAACUCUUACUCAACCUCAGUUACUGCAAUGACUGCAACAGGAACGGCUACAACAGCUGCCACACCUGUACAAUACUCUCAUGGUCCAGUAAUAUACGGACCAAACGGACAGAUACAGUCACCAUUGCAAAUUACUGUAGCGAACGUAUUACCAUCUACGAAUGAAAUGGUGACGACACAGGUUGCGAUGAAUGAGUCACAACCGUCGCUGGUACCGUACGGAACUACAUGUCAGAAACAAUUGAGUAGGCCUUCAUUUAUCGUUCCACCAGCGGAUGUACAAAUAAUUAUUGAUAAAAUGGCGAGUUACGUGGCGAAGAAUGGUAGAGAUUUCGAGGCGAUAGUAAAAAAUAAAGGAGAUCCGAGGUUCAAUUUUCUUGAACUGUCACAUCAAUAUCACGGCUAUUAUGCGCACAAGCUGACAAUAUAUGAAGGCGCAGUAAAUCCGAAAGUGCUAACAGAGGAAGAGUUAUUACAAAAACAAAAGCCACAGGAGGAAAAGCAAAAGAAAUUGGAAGAAUUACAGAAAAAGCAACAAAGAAUGGAGGAAGUGCAGAAGAGAGUAAAGAUGAUACAGGCGAAAAAGAAAUGCGAGCCAAAGUUGAAAGAAACGGCAACUGCGACGUCGACAAUGACGACCACGGCGAUGAGUAUGAAUGCGGAAGGUGUGAAACAAGUGACGACGGUUUCCUUUUCAAUAAAAAAACCAAAGGACGUGGACACCGGAGUGAUUGAAAAGCGAAAUGCACUGCCACUGGAAGAGAGCGACGAUGAAAUGGAGGGCGAGAGCAAAGACGGGAAUUCAAAGCCGAGCUCGCCGCAAGAAUCAAACGAACAAAGUUUGCUCUCUAGUGUCGGAAUUCCGAUUGACAAAGAUGCCGGUGGAGUCUGGAAAUCGGAGAAAAAAUGGAAGAACGAGGAUAAAGAGCUGGUAGAUCUGACGGAUGAGAUUCUAGAAGACUGUCAAAAGGAGAUUAGGCAUAAGCAAGCCGAGGAUAGAAUCAAGGAUAAGCUAGUUGCUGCAGCGCGUGACAAACUGGCAGCAACUUCGAGAGAGAGGCAACUGCAGUUGGAACGAAAGAAGAAAGCGGCAGCGUUCUUGAGCCAGAUACAAAGUUCUAGUUUACCGAAAGGUAGUGGAACAAUGGCGACUGUCGCGAAUCAGAUAGGAACGAGGAAAGACGACUCGGACGAAGUGCAUUCCGUCCCAUCGCCAUCUCCCUCGCCAUCGAUGGACGACGCGAAGUCCUCUUGCGAUUCGAGGACCACCGGUGGAAAUUCUUUGAUGGACAGGCUAAAGAGCGCAGACUUGACCGGCAAAAGGUCUAGACCGCGAUCGAGGAGUCCAAGCGGAAGUCGAAGUUACACAGACAGACAAAAAUUUCACAAGAAACAUAAAAAGAAGAAAAGCUCUCACAGAAGCAACCACGACAGUCCGAGCAGUUCUCGAUCACACAGAUCCAAGAAGAGCAAGAAGUCUUCGUCCAAGCAUAGGUCUCCGUCGCGAACACCAUCUCGAAGACAUCAUCACAGUACACGACGGAAGGGGAGCAACUCCUCAUACUCGGAUUCAAGUUCAUCCUGAAAAUGUAUCC